AUGGCACCCUCCGCUCGUCAAAUAACUCCUAUCGAUGGGGCUAUGAUUAGCGAUGUCCCCCGAAUAAAUGAGAUUGAGUCCAAGGCCGAUCUCGAAGAGGAAUUGCACGAUACUGUUGUCAAUCUUGGAAAAAAUGUAGGAGAUCAUUAUAUUCGCAAAGCUAAGGUUGAGGAGAUUGAACGUUCGAAUGGUGAGCCCGGCAACGACGUGCCAUUAUCUGAAAAGAUUGGCGUCGACGCGUCUCCAUUCCCAGAAGUCCAGGCAGCCGUCCGCAAUUACGAUGAGGAAAUGCCAGCAAAUACCAUUCGUGCGUGGGCGAUUGGUCUAUUCCUUGUCACCAUAUGUGGCGGAAUGAACAUGCUCUUUCACCUGCGGUCGCCUGCAAUAUCGAUUUCUACUAUCGUCGCGCAGUUUCUCGCUUACCCCAUCGGCCGCCUGUGGUCCCUUACAAUGCCCCAGCGAAUAUUCAUGACAUUCGGAGUCCGUUGGUCUCUCAAUCCCGGGCCCUUUAAUGUGAAAGAGCACGUGGUAGUCACCGUGAUGUCCUUUGGAUGGGGAUUCCAACUUCUCCUUACGUGGACUUCGACUAUGAUUGGUUACGGUAUAGCUGGAAUAAGUCGACGCUUUCUUGUCUGGCCAGCAGCCAUGAUUUGGCCCUCUAACCUGGUUUCUACUUCCCUAAUGUACACCCUUCACGACCACGCGCCUGAGGAUACCUCACAGAGCGAUGAAUGGUCUGUCGGCCGCUAUCGGUAUUUUAUCUACGUAGCCGUGGGCUCCUUCGUCUGGUACUGGGUACCCGGAUUUCUCUUUGAAGGUCUGAGCGUUUUCGCCGGAAUUUCGCUGAUACCCCUGACGUUGGAUUGGACUGUUGUCUCGGCCUAUGUGCUGAGUCCCCUCAUUCCGCCGUGGUACGCUAUUGCAAAUACAUUGGUUGGCGUUGUUGUCUUCUUCUGGAUAACUGCCAUCGCGGUACAUUUUUCUGGAGUUUCGUACGCCAAGUACAUUCCGAUGGGAACUUCCAGUGUAUACGAUAACACUGGCAAAGUUUAUAACGUGUCUCGGGUCCUCAAUCCCGAUAUCACCUUAAAUAUAGACGCAUACAAGGCUUACUCGCCUCUUUUCCUCCCUACGACCUGA